AUGGCCGAGCUAGCUUUGGGUAUUGCUGGCGUCGCUGGCACAAUCGACGUCUGUAUCAAGUUCGGGAAAUAUCUCGUCAAUGCCUGCAAGGACUAUGGUCAGGCUGAUGAAUUAGCCCACGAGCUGUCAGUAAGAAUACACAUUUGCUGGUUUCGAAUUGCUAGCCAGCUAGAAAUCGUCAAAGAACUCGAGGAUAACAUGACCGAGGAUCAGCGAGAGCUUCAGUCGCACAUAUUACGCAUCUUACAGUCGAAGCUUGAAGCUGCGACAGUUGUCAUCUCCAAGUCCGAUAGGCAUGGUAGCUCUAAGAGAAACAGGGCUCUGCAUUUCGUCAGUCUACGAGAAACCCUUGAAAGCACUGUUACCGAUCUUGAGUCUUGGCAAAAGCGAUUCGAGCCAUCGUGGUUCCAGAUUAUCAAAACCGGCUCAACUUAUACUGAAGAUGUGUUGAAAAGCGCUACUCUGACCAACACACGAGACAGAGGGGAUCCGGCUCGCGAGGGCUUGAAGUUCCGCCAAGCCUUCAAUAACAGCGAGACUGUGAAGCUAGCAGAAAAGGUACUCGAGAACCUUGAGAUGCAAGUAAUCCCGUAUUGUGAGACUGAGCUCGCAGUCAAGCAGAAGGAGAAUAAAUACCUUAUCAUUGAUACAGUCUCUCGGGAUACGGUAGCAUUGAGAGAUGCUCGAGAGCUUGCAUCACGUCUCCGAGACUCGAACCCUUCAACGUUCGGAACCCUGAAAUGCAAAGGAGUUGUUCAACUUACGAGAGAGCCGUCCCUAAAGUUCGUUCGUCUUUGGCGUCCCCGACGGGUAUUCAAGGAGUCUCCAAACGAAGAGCAUGCGCAAAUGCUUGUGUGUCUCGUUGGAUUUCAGCUUUUCCGGUAUGCUGAUGCCCCGACAAACACUUCCAAGACCAAGAAGAGGAGUCUGGUGUAUCAGCAUCCUACACGCACCGGGAGCAAGAGUGUGAAGUUUGUCAUGCAACACGACAUAUACAGUCUUGGCGUUUGUCUCUUAGAAAUCGGCCUCUGGCGCUCGCUUGUGGAAUUUCACGGUGCUACUACCAGACUAUCAACAGUGGUAACCAAUACUGUAGACUUUCAGUCGGAACUUGAUCCCCAAGCUAUCAAAGAGACGCUGAUACUCCUCAGUCGUACCGAACUGAGAUCCCUCGGAUGGUAUGCGACAUCGAAUAAGCUGUACAUAGCUAUGGAAUUCUUUCCUGAUGGGGACUUGUAUGCCAACAUUCGCGACCACAGACGUUUGACAGACGAUGAAUGCAGCCACAUCAUUAGCCAAGUCUUGUCGGGUGUCGCUGUUAUGCACGAAGCAGGAUUUGCCCAUCGUGACGUGAAGCCUCAGAACAUCCUAGUGUAUAAAGUCUCACAGGACCUCGCCCCAAGUUCUUGGUGGGUGAAGCUUGCUGACUUCGGUAUCAGUAAGAAACUAGGAGCGGAGACGACCGGAACAACCCUGGCCUCAGGAACCCCAUUAUAUAUGGCUCCCGAGCUCCUUCAAUACGACUCUCGGAGCAUUCUGACCGAGGAUUACUUCAAGGCUGACGUAUGGGCUAUUGGGAUAACUGCGUUCUUCAUCUUGACAAAAAGCGUGCCGUUCAAAAGUCAGCCUGCGAUAUUCCACUAUUCAGGGAAUUUACAAGACCUUGCAACUAUUUUUGCUGAUUCCCAACUCACUGAAAUUGCUCGGAGCUUUGUCUCUGAGGUAUUAAAACCACAACCAGGUGAGAGACCUGACGCAGAAAGGGCAAAGCAACAUGCAUGGAUUCGCCAUUGGCUGCCAGAAAUCCCAACGCCGGGGGCACUCAGCAGUCUACAAUUUCUUCCUGCCGAAGUUCUAUUCAAGACUGCACGGGGGUUGACAACAGAGAUCUCGACACUAGCUUCACAAACCGUUUCGCAAAGAUGGACUGGCGAUUUCCAUGAUCUUGGCAUUCUGCCGAAGGCCCCGGAUCAUAUACAGAACUUAUACAACAUUCCUUCCAGGGUAGGAGAAAUCGAAAUUCCGAUUGCAGAGACACAAUGGAUUACCAAACUGGAAAAUCAUAGACCUGCAAGCAUGGGUAAUCUGAUACGAAACCCACAGAACCCUGGUAUAUGGCGCGACGUUAAUAUUUUACAACAACUCCGAGGUUGGAUUAGUACUGGAGAUAUCGACAUGGUUCGGUUGCUUGUAUACCGUGGAAUUGACAUUAAUGCUCCAGACGAGAAUGGGCGAACACCACUGCAUCUGUCGGCUAGCAUUGGCAAUGUGGAAAUGGUCCGUGUAUUGUGUGAAGGAGGUGCGGUCAUCGAUAUAACAAGUGAAAGUGGCCAUACGCCACUCCAAUUGGCGGCGAUGAAAGGUCAUACAGACAUGGCCGAGCUUUUGCUUGAAAAGGGUGCUGAUAUCGAGGCAAGCGACAGCUAUGGCGGUUUCACUCCUAUAGGCUUCGCAGCAAACAUGAACCAUUCUGGUGUCACAGGACUUUUACUUGACAAAGGGGCAAACGUCGAAGCAACGAACCGGGUUGGGCAUACACCACUUAUUUCUGCUGCAAGGAGUGGUUCUGAGGCUACAGUAAAGCUUCUACUUAAUCAUGGUGCUCAUAUUGAAGCAACCGACAAAUCAGGCAGUACACCGCUUAUCUGCGCUGCAAGAGCUGGGUCAGAAGGUGUCAUCGAGCAUCUUAUCCAUCACGGAGCUAACGUCAACGUAAGCGAGUACUCAGGCUUCACACCAAUGCGCGAGGCCAGGAGAAAAGGCCAUGAUGCUGUUGAGAAGCUAUUGCUUAGAGCAGGUGCUAGUAUCGAUGGCAGCAGCCCAGAAUUGAGUACAUCGCUACAUGAAGCUGCACAGUGCGGUUACUACGAUCAGAUGAUAGUCAAUCUGAGGCGAAACGAAGAAAAUAUUGAAGACAAAGAUGACUUCGGCCGUACACCGCUGAUUCUGGCUGCAAGGGAGGGACAUAUGGACACUGCAUGGUUACUUUUUAAAUAUGGGGCUAACAUGGAAGCAUUCGAUCACUCGAACCAUACUCCCUUGAUGGCAGCUUCAGACCAGGGCCGAACGUCUAUGGUAAUCAUGUUGGUGAGAAAUAAAGCAGAUGUCUUGGCGCGCGAUAUCGAGGGCAACACAUCGAUGUCUCUGGCUUCACGAAAAGGACACAUUGAAACGGUGGAAUGUUUGCGUGACGGCAAUGUCCCAGUCGAUACUCCCAACAAUAAUGGCGAGACGCCACUGAUUCUGGCUGCUAAGGGAGGUCAUACGGCUGUGGCCAGGGAACUACUCGACGCUGGUGCUGACGUCAACGCCAGUGACAACAAAGGCUUCACUCCGCUUAUCACGGCUGCAGAACAGGGGCAUGUAGAAACGGUGAAACUUCUGGUUGAUCGCAAGGCUCAGCUUGACAGCACAUCACUAGGUGCACCUGCAGCUCUGAUAGAGGCCGCGAAAGAAGGCCAUGAAGACGUGGUGGAAGUAUUGCUGGAAGAAGGUGCUGCAAUUGAAACUAUGGAUAUUUCAGGGGUCACGGCGCUGGUUCAUUCUGUGAGACGUAAUCACGAAGCGGUAGUGGCGCUUGUUCUCCAGAUAGGGGCCAAUGCUGAGGCAGAAGACGAGAAUGGCGAGGCUUGUUUGAUGCUAGCCAUAAAGAACAGCAACAAAGCUGUUAUUGAUCUACUCACACAGCACGGGGCCAAGAAAAGCUGGUUAUAUUACCGUGCUCGUAUGUCUUUAGGCUACUGA